GGGCGCGCUCGCGCGCGAGCUUUCCCAGAGCAGAAGUGAUAGAGUCUUGCUCACCGGACAUGCUCCUCCCACCCUUCCUGUGCCUCUCGCUCGUCGACACGGCGUGGCAGCUCUCACUGAGCAUCGGCCGGCCCUCCUCGGCCGACGCUGCAGCACUGCUCGGACCGCCGCUCGCCAUGUUCACCCCGGGCGGUGGCCGGCCACAGCCUCCUGCGUGGCUGGGGCGCGAGUGGGCGGGCUCGGGCUCCCGGCUGAGCUUUCCUCUCACCAUCGAGUUCUUCGACGAGCCUCUGCGGCAGCCCAUGAGCGACGAGCCGCUCCGUCGAACGCAGGCUCGGCGCCUCUUCACGCGGUCGGAGCGGCUCGGCACCAAGGCGAGCGGCGUCGCGUGGGGCAUGCUCCAGCUCUCCAGCAUCGAGGCGCUCGUCGUGUGGUGCAUCGACCUACCGGACGGCGUCUGCUCCUCCGCCGAAGGCGCUCCGACCACUUCGGACGCAGGCCUUCCUGCCGGUACGCGCCUCUACUGCUCGACGCAGGCGUGGAGGAGCGCUGAGCUGCAGCGGCUGAUGCCCUUGGCGGAGCGGCUGCGCAGAGAGCGGGCGGGCGAGAGCGAUCGCGGCAAGCGUUCCGCCAUCGACUCGCGCCUCGCCAAGCUGGAGCGCGCGCUUCCAAAGCCAGGCCAGGCCACGCUCGAGGCGCCGGCGCUAGGUGCAGUCACGCUGAGCGCUGCUGGCCAGCUGUCUGUGCAGCGGGCCGUGUCGGGAAAGAGAUUCAACCCUUUCGAGAACGCGGGCAGGCUGCCGUUCGGCUCGAUUCCAGAGUUUGGCGUCGUGGGCUCGUUCCUCCUCGCGGCCCCGGGCGACCAAGCUGCGCAGCUGACCAGCGUCGAUCAGGAGGCGGGGGAUGUGGAGGUGGUUGUGGGAUGA